CACGUUUGGAAAAUGUCGUCGAAUUUGUGUGUACAUAUGAAAAAACUGUCAUCUUUUAAUUAUGUCACAUCCUUGUAACUAAUUAUAAAGCACGAUUGGAGGACUAUGAAAACAGAAAUGGAUGUAGAUAUAGAUAACGAUUUAGAUGGGAAACUGCUUCAGCAGUUUAGUUCAAUGGGCACUCAAGACCGUGAUGUUUUGAUUUCGGAGUUUCAGAAAUUACUUAACAAUGAUUUGAACCCAUCAUGCUGCUCAUUUUUUCUUGACAUGAAUAACUGGAAUCUGCAGGCAGCUAUUUGCUCUUACUAUGACUUUGAACAGCCCAGCAGUACGCUUCCUCGAAUGAUGUUUGUCAGUGAUGUCACCAUAGGAGAAGGAGAAUCCAUCCCACCAAACACAACAUUUAUUAAAACAUGGCGGAUAAAGAAUGGAGGACUGGAAACCUGGCCACCCGGCUGCUGUCUCAAAUUCUGUAAUGGUGACACGAUGAGCCACGUGGACCGCGUCAUGGUGGAUGCACUGGAGCCCAGUCAAAUGACCGACGUCAGCAUUCAGAUGACCAGUCCGGCCACCAAGGGGGUGUACCAGGGCCAGUGGAGGAUGAGCACACCCACUGGAGUCGCUUUUGGUGAUGUCAUAUGGGUCAUCAUAACCGUAGACGAGUCUGGUCUUCUCGGCGUCACGCAACAGUUGUCGAGAAUUGGCAACGAGUUUGUAAAUAGAAUACCACCACAGACUGUUUUAAAUCCGUUUGCUUCCCCGGACAAAUUACCAGAGGCUGUCCAGAGUAGCCCGUCCCCCAGCAGCUCGAUUAUCGUGAACCCAGGCAGUCCCGUGAAUGACUUGAGUCCGGCUGCGGAAGGUGCUGCCUCAUCCAAGUGGUUGUUUCAGAGUUCUGUUCGGUCGCCAUCUCAACAGCAGAUAGAUAAUUCACAAGACACUGAGAUGUCCUAGCACAGAGCUGUGUUCGCGUGUGUGCUUAGGUUGCUUGUCCAGCGUGCGAAUGGUGCGUGGCUGUGUAAUGCAGUCGGUCGUCGUCUGCUGCCGUCUGUAGUCAUUAAUUAUUUCAACAAAUAUAUUUUUUCUAUUGUAUUCUCUGCCAGACAUUAUAGGCCUAUCUAUAUCUUUUAAGUUAUUUCCGAAAAAUCAGUUUGGAAAAUGUAUUCUUCUGUGCUAACAGCAUGUUGUGUUAGUUGAAUUAUUUUAUGUAAGUCUGUAGUGUAAUGAACAUGGUGUAUUAAGUUUAGCCCGGAAAACAUUUUGAAUGUAGUUGCUUCCCUUAACGAAUAAUAUUAUAUAGUUGUAAAAUUGCAUUCUUAGCUAGAAGUCGUAUUUAGCCAAAUUAUAACAAAAUAGUUUUAAAAUUGUAUCCAAUGGUAUUAAAAUAUAUAUAUAUAUAUUUGAUUUAAUUUAUCUCAUAUGCAGUUCUAUACUGUAUGUGUUAGUUAUGUCUGGUUAUAGCUGUAUCUCCUGCAAGAAGAUGUAUUUUAGUGAUGAAGCUAUUCAAUAAACACAGUAUUCACUACUAAAACAAAGAAAGUACUAUUGUAUGGUAGAUUACCCUCUGUCAUGCAUUUAUAUCUUAAAAGUUAUUGUUUACGUUUUUCAAAUGCAAAAAAAACAAAUGAUCAAAUUAUUUUAGCAAACAAAAGAUUUUGGUAUAUCUGAUAGUGAAUACUAUGGUACACAAGGUCAAUGGAUAUUUGCCAACAAAGUUAUCUUUAGCCAAGUUAAUUUCUUAAAAUGUGCAUUUUUCUAGUUUAUGUAGACUCGGUUUUGGUCAUGUGUGACAGAACCGGUUUUUUUAAGCCAUUUGAUUUUGUAACAAAUUUAUAUAUUAUGUAACUGACAAAAAAUAACUCUUAACAGUUAAAUAUUGCUGAAGAGUUAAUUAUUAACUCCGUACUACAACAAAUUACACACUGGCCUUGCACAAAUCUGAAAGUAGGACAUCUAUUAAUUAAAUGUUUCAUUUAUGGGCUUAUGUAGGAUUUGUUUUUGUGUUGUUGCUGAUUUUUGUGGCGUUUGUUUGAUUGUUUAUUAGUAUUAGUAUUAUUUUAAUAUCCUCACAACUGGACUUGACACUCAUCUGAAGAUAGUAAUUAUUUUAUUAAUCAAAACAUUCGAGAUCUCCAGACCAGGACAUAUUUUGGUUUUAUCUUCAUCUCAACAUAAAAUAAAGCUGUUUUCUGUUAUAUUUCACCACUUCAACAAACUUUGAUUUAUUGCAAAACUGAUAUUUGUUGAAAUAAUUAUGACUACUGAUGCGUAUUGCAGGCACAUUAUAUGAGACUUGUUUGAUGUCAUGCAUGUGACACCCCGUGCUAAAGAUUUUGGAAAGAAUGUCUUGUGUCUUGCUUGAAAACAAGGACCGAAUAUUGUCUGUAUUGUAUGAACCUUAAAAACUUUAAACAUAAAAGACUACUUGAUCUUUUUUCUUUUUUUGGGGCAUUUUAUAUAGCAUCAUUGCAUGUAUAACAUGUAGAGAAUAAAUAAUAAACACCACAAUAUAUUACAUAACCUGGUACUCAAUUCCGUGCAGACUAUCAAAACAUGAAAUGUCCUGUCAUUACUUUCAUCCUGUGAAGUUGUCUUGUUUGGUUUUUGUGAAUCCCAUCUUUGUACAUUCAAUAAAUUACCGGCAAACUGUCUUUGCCAUCCUUAUUUAAAUUAGACAUGAAAUUUGCAUUUACAGUAAUAAUUUUGAUUAUCUUGUAUUUAUUACAUGUAUUUUGUUUCUGCUUUUUUCUCUUCUUUUUUUUAAAAUUUUGUUUAGUAGUUUGAAUGUUAGAGCACACAGAAGUUUUGGGGUUUUUUUGUAAUUAUUACUCAUAACCCAUCAACCAAAAUGUGCUAAAACAUUUGAAGAGUGUUUUUACAAAACACAGGGUUCGACAAAUGCACUAGCCCUCAGUCCCAGCUAGUGAAUUAUUGGUCUGUGCUAGUAGAAGUAAUCGGCUGUAUUACUUUAAUACAAAGGGCAUAAGCGAAAGUUUCUCCAGCUAGUGAAUUAUUGGUCUGUGCUAGUAGAAUUAAUCGGCUGUAUUACUUUAAUACAAAGGGCAUAAGCGAAAGUUUCUCCAGCUAGUGAAUUAUUGGUCUGUGCUAGUAGAAGUAAUUGGCUGUAUUUCUUUAAUACAAAGGGCAUAAGCGAACGUUUCUCCAGCUAGUGAAUUAUUGGUCUGUGCUAGUAGAAUUAAUCGGCUGUAUUACUUUAAUACAAAGGGCAUAAGCGAAAGUUUCUCCGAGGGCUAGUGACUUUCUCAAACAUUUUUGUCGAACUCUACAAAAUGUGUCGAGUCCACGAGAUGUCAGUUUGAGAAAAAUUAUGUUUUGUGUUUCAAAGUUUGUGUACCGGUAUAUACAUGUACCACUGGCUGAUAUUAACCAUAUACAAGGAUCUAAUACAGUUUUGGGAUAACUGCUGUGUAUGUGACCUUGCACCAUAUAUCAACCAAAAGCAAUUUGUAUCGUAAUCUCCAUCUUACACAAUUGUGGACUUGAAUGUGUUUUGUAAAAACAUUUCAAUUGAAUGUUAUUGUGCCCAGUGAAACCUGAUGUAUCUGCAUGAAAGUUUAUUCGUAAUGAAGGUUUUCUUUAAAACAGUAUUACCAAAGAAUACCGGUAUAUUGUAUGCAGCAUGUUUGUCUAAAUCAAUGAUCCUAGUUACGGUGUAGGGUAUUGUAUAAAUGUUAAAAAGUUACUAACAAAUUUAUUGUUUUCAGUAUAGACAGUAGUAGUUCCUGUAGUGGUUUAUGAAACAGGCUUUAUGGAAAUCAUGGAAAAUUUGUAGGUCUCCAAAGUUAUGGAAUUUUUAGUUGGGUCGUGGAAAAAUAACAAGCAAAGAUUAGCAAUUUACAUCAUAAUAUUGUUCUAUCGUGAUGCUGGUCACUAAAAAUCUUUUGACAAUCCUAGGAAGGGAGAUGGAAAAUGCCUUUUAGCAGUCGUGGGAUUUGAUUGAUAAGAAUGCAUGUGUGACCUAGAUGUUAUAAUACAGGUUUUCUCAAAGUCAAGGCAUCACAGAAACCUGUUAUUCAUUGAACGUAGCUACCAGACCUUGUUACUGUAAAACAUGGUAAUUUGUGUAUACAUUUUGCCUAUCUUGUCAUUCAAGGAUGCCAAACACACAAAAGUAACUGUUGCAUUCAUAUGUACCUUGCAAUGAUCUGUUGAAAAGAUGGAUUUAGGAUUUUGAAACAUCUUCAUGUAAGCUGUACUUUACUGCAUUAUAAACCAAAUACAGUGCUGGUACUUGUUAAUUGUAUGUUGCUCCUUAAAGGGACUGUCUUAACUUUGUUGCCAUUGUUAAGAUGUUGCCGACUGACAGAGGUGUUUCAAUUACUGCAGUUGCAUAUUAAAUCCAUCUUACUGUAUAAAGUAUCGGUCGCUGUAUAAUAAAUGUGUUUCUGGUCAUCCUAGUGAUUGUACUAGGUCGAACUUCACUUUAUUUCCCUAUAUAUAUUUUUUCAUUGUUACGAAAUUAUUGGGAGACCAUAUCCAAUUUUUACGUAUUUUUAGUUGUUAUAAUAUUUUUAUUAGUCGUAAACAUCUUACAAUGGUAGCAAACUCGAGACAGUCACAUUAAGGACAUUUUGGGAAACUCAUUCAGUGAUGCAUCCUUCUUUAAUGUAAGCAUUGUCUUUGCCAAGAUGGUAGAUGAAAUCAUUAUUUAUGAAAAUAAAGCAGAAGAAAAUUCCAGACUUUUAACUGAAUGUUGGGAUGUUCAGAUCCAUUAAAUUGGUAGGUUGGGGUGGGGACUAAUCUGGAUGGAAAAAAAAUAUUCUGAGUUAAAGAACACCACGUUAUAGCAGAAUAUUUUCAUUCACCAGCUUGAUGUUUGUGUCUAUGCAGUGCUUUACAGUUGGCACCUUUCACUCACUUUCUUUACUUUUUACUAGUACUUUUUUGUGCUUAUUAAAUUAUCUUGAUGCUGCUUGUUGUUGCCAGAUAAAAGCCUAUCCUAUUUGUGUUUAUGAGUCCGCUUCAUGGUUUGCAAACUUUCUGAUCAGUGUCUUGGAGUAUAGGCAGAAAAUAGAUGAGACAGAUGUUGGCUAGGCUUUAUAUAUCUCAAUUAUGUUAUCUGCUACAUUAUCUUGAGUGAGGCACCAUUUUGUUUUAAAGGUGUCCUGUAAUAUUAUAGCAUGACUAUUUCUGACUAGAACGGUGCUGUACAUAUUAACAGUAUGAUUCUUGUGAUUUUAAAUUGUCAAUUGCUUGCCAAAAUGUUUAAUGGGGUCAGAUUGUCACAAACAACCCAAUAAAUUGGAGUCUGCAUGCUCAAAAUUGUAUCUGAUCAGUUUUCCGAAAUUUUCAUUAUUUGGAUCUUCUGUUUCUUUUAAAGCGACAUACCCUAGUUUUUAAAAGUGCAUGUUCGUCUAACAAGUAAUGAGACAAGCUCUAGUUAUUUUUGAUGGUAUUUCCCUGUUUAAACAUCACUGACUUUAGCUUCUCUAUGUUAUAACCAUAUCCAAAUGUGUGUUGCAGGUUUGUAGAUUAACUAAACUUAGUGUCCAUUUUUACGGGCUGAAGCUGGGGUCUGUGCCUUUUAAGUAUCUGAAAUAAAGCCAGUUAUUGCAAAAUAUUUUGAUUGAAAUAUCAACUUCUUUGAGCUAGUUACUGCAAUUGGCCAUAGUCAUUGCACACCUUUUUCCUUGUAUAUGUGUACCAGUAUCUUACAUUUGAAAGAUGGCAUCGUCAGUGUAACUACAUGUGAGCUGCCUCUUUUACUGGCAAUUUAGGGGUUAUCUGAAGCCUAAGAGUUAGCACUGACUGUAGAAAACUCUGUUGGUGGGGGGAAUGGUGUUUGUAAUCAGGAUUAGUGUCAUUGGGCAGUAUUGAUAUAACCAAGGCUGUCUUGUAUGUAGACUAUAAUAGACGAAUCUUUUGGAACUCGAUAAUGUCAGAAUAAGCAUUGUAGGAAACUUGUGGACUUUUCAUUGUCUAGUUACAGGGUUUUAUCUUUUAAAAAUUGAGUUGUUGACUUCAGUGACACAACAGUUGGUCAUCAAAAGUAGUGCAGUGUGAAUUUAAAAAAAAAAAAAAAAAUUCAUAUUUAAUAGUUUAAUCAUAAUGAUUUAGUGUUAAUGCAGACUUCAGUACACUUUGAGAGAGUCCUUACUAUAUAUAGGCUUUUGCAGGUUGACUGCAUAAUUGGCAGUAAUAGAUCUUGUAUAAACAACAUAUUUUCUGUCAGAAUUUUUUAUAUUUUAAAUUUGGGUUGAUGGAUGAUACUGUUAAGUUUUGGGGGGAAAACAUGGAGGGCUAUUAUUAUACAGUACCAUUUUUUAAAUUUUAUUUGAUGAAUGACAUUUUGUGAUGGAUUCUUUAUUAUUAUUCUUAUAUGAUACUGUUUUCUUCUUUCUUGGCACAUAACAUGUUAUCAAAUAUUAGUGGAUAAACAGGAGUAAUCAAAUCUGACUCUUUAACUCUUUAUUUAGAAACAUAAACCCCUAUUCCAGACAGAAAAAUGGCAUAAGAUUGAUUGAUCUUCUUAAGUGCAGUGGUCAUUAAGAACGCAGUUGAAUGGAGAGGUUCAGUUUGUGAGAUGUGCACUGUGACAUGUAUGUAAUGAAGCAUUAAUGUGAUACUCUCUGCGAUUCUCUUACUUAUCUAAAAUUAUGUAAAUACGAAAACCCAUUUUGUAUUGGUAUUUAUGUAUGUGUGCAUUAAUCGUAUGUUUGUUUGCAGUGCUGUUGAAACUAUAUAGCAUUGCUGUAGCCAGCGGUGUAUAUAUAUUUUUUUUUAGACAGAGAUAGAUAUAUAUAUAUACUCUUAAAUUGUCCUACAUAGAUAGUUUUGUUUCUUGGUUAGUUAAAAUGAAGAAUAUUUUGCAUCUUGGUUCGUUGUAGCCGUGAAUGUAUUUAUUUUUCUUAAUACUUUAGUUUUUGGUGUGUGCAAAAUUACUCUUUAUGUUCAUUUGUAACCUUGUUUUUGUUUUGUCCUUUUUUUUUGUGCUUGUUAGUGCAUUACCCAUAGGUGUAUACAUUUUGUUAGAAUGCAUUGGGUGGUUGUGUGCCCGAGAAAGAUUGCUUUGUGCAUGUAGCUAGCAGGUUUUGACAGCUUGACGCUGUUUAAUAUGUAAGUCGCUUCGUGCUUAUAAAUUGUUACUAAUUUGUUAACAGUUUCUUUUGUUGAUUCUUUUCUCCCUUUUAUUAUUCUUCUUCUCCUUUUUUGGGGGGUAAUUAUUUUAAUGUUUAUUAUUGCUGAGAAUAUUAAUUUAUUAUUAAUAUUUCCGAUAGAUAUCAUUUGAAUAUUGAUUUUCCUUAUUGUUAUUUUGUUUUUGUUUUUUUCUUUAAUCAAGAUAUAUUUGGAUUAAAUUUGGUUUACUGCUGGUGUGUGAAAAAAUGCGAUUGAUGUACAACAGAAAUUGUCUCUGUUUUGUUUCAUGAUUGUACACACUUCAUAUAGUUAUUUAUACACUAAAGUGUCUGGUGAACAUAAA